AUGAAAAAAUCUCAAGUUCAUAAAUUAAAAACAUUUUUUUAUUUUGCAUAUGGAAGUAAUUUGUGGACAUUUAGAAUUCAUAUGAAUAACCCAACAGCCGAGUUUGUUUCUAUUGGUCGCCUUGAUAAUCACAGACUAGAUUUCAUCGGAUAUUCAAAGUUUUGGGGAGGGCCUACAGCUACACCUGUGCCAACAGCUAAUGCACAUAUUUGGGGUGUUAUUUGGCGUCUGCAUAUAGAUAAUAUUGCAUCGCUUGAUGAUCAGGAAGGCGUUGACAAAAACAUUUACUAUGUGAAACAUGCUGAAAUUAUUACCCCAUACAUAGGAAAACUUAUGUGUCGGAUCUACGAGCAUACAGUAAUUCCUCUGCCUAGGGGAGAUAAUGACGAGAUUCCUAUAGAAUUCUGGCCGUCUUGGACUUAUAAAGAAGUCAUACUAUUGGGUGCUGAAGAGCAUAAUCUUCCCGAAUAUUAUAUAGAAAAUUUGAAAAAUAUAAAACACAAUGGCGAACAGGGAUGUUUCUAUAUGGCUUGUUUAUUAAAGCAGUAUGCUAAAGCGAAGCCCUGUGAAUGCAAGCCAACUAUAAAAAUACUUAGAAAGCCUCUAAAAUUAGAUUUGAAGCAGUUACGUACAAAGUAA